CCCGGGGAAGCAAGGUUCCAAAGGCUCUGCGCUGAGGCUCGAGCCGCCGCUGGAGCGCGCGCCUGGGUGCAGCCUUGCCGCGGUGUGGGGAGCACGGCCAGGGGAGAGAGAGAGCCCGGUCGUCGUCGGAGGCAGGGAGGCUGGGUGGAUUUUUAUUUUUAAUUUUUUUUGCAAGCCGAGGAAUCGGCACGCGGCUAGGCAUUUGGGGAGGGGAAGGGGGCUUUUCUUUGUUUUGAUUCGCUAGCUGCCGCAGAUUCCGACCAUUAUUAUAAUUAUUUGCGUUUAAUCCAAAACGCAGCAGCAGCAGCAGCUCUGGUGCCUGCGAAUACGAGCGCCGGUGUUCCCUCUCUUUCUAUUGAUGCAUUCGAUGCAAUAAAUAGGCUUUUUUUUUUAAGGCGGGGUUGUUUAAUUCUGAAUUUCGCAGGGUUUUUGAGCGGCGUUUACUUUCUUUUUUGAAAAGCAGAUUUAGUCGUUUUCUUAAAAAACAUUUUUCUUUUUGCAUUCUCCCCCCCCCGCAAAAUCGGGUCUGCAGCUGUUCCAAGAGUACUUGCUUGCGAGGGAGGGGGUCUGUUGUCGGAGGCAGCUGAGUGAAGCCUCCUUUGCUGCAGCCGAGGCGUUUUGCAAGCCGCCAGCUGCCCGGCUUUGCUCCUCUCCCCAGCCUCCAUCGCGCAACCUACCUACUUGUUGUGUGGGGGGCAUGAGCAAGAAUGGAGAACGAUGGACCUUGUUGCUAUCUUUGUGUGCGGGGGAUAGAGAUGUCUUGAUUUCGUCCAGCCGUGGGACUUUUUUCUCCAGGGCAGGGUUGCUAUAGGCGCUGCAAGAGACAAACCGAAUAACAUUGGUGGGCAGCGUUAGAGAAAAGCUCAGAAGCGAAAGAGAAGCGGCUCUGCUGCUUUUGAGAUUGAAGUCUUUAUUUUUAUUUUAUUUUCAGAGAAAUCUCUGAUUUUGACUGCUCCCUCCCCGAAGGAUAGGAAUUGAAAUAAGUAGGGGUGGGUCGCGUGUGUACAUUUUUAUUUUUUAUUUUUGGGGGGCUUGCGAAUCCGCAGCAGUUUCUUCGGCGUCCUCCUUGAUCCGGGCGAGGAAAAAAUGGAGGCUGUGAUCGAAAAGGAAUGUAGCGCGCUCGGAGGACUCUUCCAGACCACCAUCAGUGACAUGAAGGGAAGCUAUCCGGUUUGGGAAGAUUUCAUAAACAAAGCUGGGAAGUUGCAGUCUCAGCUUAGGACAACGGUCGUAGCAGCAGCGGCGUUCUUAGAUGCCUUUCAGAAAGUGGCCGACAUGGCGACCAACACCCGUGGUGCUACAAGAGAAAUUGGCUCUGCUCUGACCCGAAUGUGCAUGAGGCACAGAAGCAUAGAGUCCAAACUCAGGCAGUUCUCAAGUGCUUUAAUAGACUGUCUGAUAAACCCACUUCAAGAGCAGAUGGAAGAAUGGAAGAAAGCAGCCAAUCAACUGGAUAAAGACCAUGCAAAAGAAUACAAGAAAGCCCGCCAGGAGAUUAAAAAGAAAUCUUCAGACACACUGAAACUACAGAAGAAAGCAAAGAAAGGUAGAGGAGACAUCCAGCCUCAGCUAGACAGCGCCUUACAGGACGUGAACGAUAAAUACCUACUUCUUGAAGAAACAGAGAAACAGGCCGUUAGGAAGGCCCUGAUUGAGGAACGCGGCAGAUUCUGCUCAUUCAUCUCCAUGCUGCGGCCUGUGAUUGAAGAAGAAAUCUCAAUGCUGGGAGAAAUAACUCACCUGCAGACCAUCUCAGAAGAUCUGAAAAGCCUCACUAUGGACCCUCACAAGCUGCCGCCAUCAAGUGAGCAGGUAAUUCUAGAUUUGAAAGGCUCUGAUUAUGGCUGGUCCUAUCAGACUCCUCCAUCAUCUCCCAGUACCACCAUGUCAAGAAAAUCCAGUGUGUGCAGCAGUCUGAACAGUGUAAACAGUAGUGACUCACGGUCAAGCGGCUCACACUCUCACUCACCCAGUUCACACUAUCGCUACCGCAGCUCCAACCUGCCCCAGCAAGCGCCGAUGAGGCUGUCCAGCGUGUCCUCGCACGACUCCGGCUUCAUGUCCCAGGACGCUUUCCAGUCCAAGUCGCCAUCCCCCAUGCCGCCAGAGGCCCUCAACCAGCAGAAUUCGUCCAGCUCUGCCUCCUCGGAAGCCUCUGAAACCUGCCAGUCAGUCAGCGAGUGCAGCUCCCCCACGUCAGUCAGCUCAGGCUCUACCAUGGGGGCUUGGGCCUCCACAGAGAAGUUGUCUAAUGGGUAUUAUCACUGUAGUUUGUCCAGUGGCCCAUCCUUAGCUUCCGUUGGUGCAGGCCCUUCCCCUCAUUUCCCGCCUGUCUCCCACGCAUGGACCCGGGCUUCCUCUUCCACCACCCUCCUUCCAGACUGCGCUCAUUAUUACACCAUUGGGCCAGGCAUGCUACCAUCAUCUAAGAUCCCUAGCUGGAAGGAUUGGGCUAAGCCAGGUCCUUAUGACCAGCCCUUGGUAAAUACUUUGCAACGCCGGAAGGAAAAACGAGAAGGAGACCCCGCCGGGGGAGCACAGAGUGGACCAGCUCUGGCCACCGAGGAAGCUCAGAGACCUCGUAGCAUGACUGUGUCGGCCGCCCCAAGGCAAGGAGAGGAGAUGGAGGCCUGCGAAGAGCUAGCUCUGGCUCUGACUCGAGGGCUGCAGCUGGACACUCAGAGGAGCAGCCGGGAUUCCCUGCAGUGUUCCAGCGGCUACAGCACCCAGACGACCACACCUUGCUGCUCAGAGGACACCAUCCCCUCGCAAGGUAAGCAAUUUUCGGACUACGACUAUUUCUCCGUCAGCGGGGACCAAGAGCCGGAGCAGCAGGAAUUCGACAAGUCUUCGACUAUUCCGAGAAACAGCGACAUCAGCCAGUCGUACCGCCGCAUGUUUCACGCCAAGCGUCCUGCGUCCACCGCGGGCCUCCCCACCACCCUUGGGCCUGUGCUGGUUACUCCCGGCGUGGCCACCAUCCGGCGGACCCCUUCCACCAAACCGACGGUCCGGCGUGGGACCAUAGGGGCAGGGCCGAUACCCAUCAAGACGCCCGUGAUUCCGGUCAAGACGCCAACCGUCCCAGACAUGCCGGGGGGGCUGCCCAGUGUGCCAGGCGGGGCUGAAGAAAGCCCUGAGCAAAGCCCGGAGGCCGGAGGCGGCAAUUUGGUUGGAGUCGGUGCAGCCUUGCCGUGGAGCGGUCAGGCACCCGCCAACCCUCCCGCUGUGAGCCAGAAGCCGAGUGCCGGAGAGGAGCAGAGACAGGCAGCCGGGGAAAGGGAAGGAGAGCCCGGAGAAAGGGAGAGCCCCAACAUGACUGCUCCCCCAUGCCAGCCGGUGCCUCAGUUGGGGGACCAGAAUCUCGGAGAGGCCCCGCAAGGCGAAGACAUGCUGAAUGCCAUUCGCCGGGGUGUGAAGCUGAAGAAGACCACCACAAAUGACCGCUCGGCACCCCGCAUUUCCUAGACGCUGGACCACUGCCAGUUGACCAGCUUAACAGAGACUGAACUACCUGAUGAAACCGUCUGUCUGUCCAUUCCACUGUACAAUCAGAAUUUGCAGGAUGCUCAUUAGCAAAGCAGCUGGAAACGUUCUUUAAAAUGGAGGGCAGCGGGGGUGGGAGGAGGGAGGGGACCUGCAAACUAAAACGCUUAAGGCACAGCCUCUUUUCUGAUAUUUUUAUUUUUAAUUUUUUUGUAAAUACUGCUGAUUAUUAUUUUUUCCUGCACAUUUUUAACCUGAGUUUCCCUUUUGAUUCCCCCCCCCCCCGAAGGUGCCAAAUCCUGUGUAACUUUUUUAUAAACACUUUGUACAAAACAAAAGGAAAAACAAGUUUUACAUGCGUACGAAGAAGAUCAAGUAGCUUAAACUUCGGCAAGGAGAGAGUAGUAGUAAUGCAUUCUCGCUCUCCCCAGGAAUUUUUAUUUUUUAUUUUUAUUUUGCAAAGCACCUUGUCAUGAGAAGGAUGCGAAAACCAGCUUUUGUUUUUUAACGUACGAAGGACGUGGCAAGAAGCAGGUCCUCGCUGAAGUACAGUGACUUUUUUUAUGUUUAAAAGGCAGGAAACAGCAGCUGAUUGAUUAAAGCAAUAUAUAGUGGAAGAGAGAGAGGGGGAGAGCCUGUCAUUGGUUAGUAUUUAGGGGAUAGGAAAAGGGGAGGGACUUUACUGUUGCACAAAAGUAGCUUAGCGGUAGCUUCAAGAUACAUGCGUCCCAAUAAGCCAUAUUGGAUUGCAGUGUUUGUUUAUGUAGGAAGUAUAUGGGCGCUUUACACUAGGAACACCUCCUGUGUUUAGCCUCUCCCAUUAAAAAUUGUCAAGGCUCCAUAAGAUCUCCUGCCUAAGAAGAGCCUCUGUGGACUGUUCCUUUUAAUAAUCAUAAUUUGUAUUAUUCCACCCCACCCUUGUCUUCAGGACUGCACAAGCAACAACUUUUGUCAAGUCAUGCCAUCUUAAGCCAGGUUAGACUUAAGAACUUUUUUUUGUUUUCUCUCUUCACGUUGUCUCGUUUUUUUUCUUUUUCUUUUGUUAGGGGACAGUAAUGAAGAAGUGGAGAGAAAGAAAUGCGUAGACUUGAAAAGGGUUGUGGUGGGGAGAUUUACCAGGGAGUUCUUAGUUAAAAACUUCUCAUUCAACUGGCUAUGCUCAGCAGGCUGGGCAGCUUAACAAACAAACAGCAAACACCCCACUAGUUUUGAGGAAACAACUUGAUCUGAUGGGGAACCAGCUGAGAAUUCUGAUGAAAUGAGAAACGUUUAUCGUAAGGGGCCUGUUUUUCCUUCUCUUAAGUGACAUUUUGGGUUGGUUUUUUUCAUAAAUGCUAAAAGCUUUGGGGGAAUGCGGGAGGGAACGGGCACACAGCUUUGCUUUUUUUAUUUAUUACAGGGGUUACGGGGGGGUUGACCUUUUUUUUUAAGAGACUUCUUAGCAACGAAUUUUAGGAAAGCUGUUAAUAAAUUUAUAGAUGGGUUUUUUUUUCCCUUCUCUUUUCUUAACAUGAAAAUUGCUGUGAUUAUAAUCCAUUUCAUGGGGUCGGUAGAAAACGUGCAUCACUCGUGCACCUCGGGUGUGCUGCACUUUUGUGGGUUGUGUCUUUUUCUUUUAAAGCAUUCUGCAGUCUAAACGAAUACCGUCUGCCUUAUCUCUAUAUGGGCAACGCAAGCGGAAAUAACGGAUCAACAGACCUGCGUGUUGGUGGUUGCAGAGAAGUAGCCCCUACAGCGGGAGGAGCUCAUUUGGGCGUAUGCUCACACAUCUACUCCUCCACGGACAUUCUUGAGACUCCUAUUGGCUGCCAUCUUGCCUACAUAACCUCUUAUGCUUUAAAUACAUAACUGCAUUGGAUGUGAGACGUAUUGUAAAACUGUUAUAGUCACUGUGUUCUAUAUACAUUUACACUGCUGUGGUUGCUUAACACUUUUUUAAGUUAUGGCUUCAGAAGCAAACAAAAAAAACCCACACAAGACAAAAAAAGCAUGAUCUUUAAUUGAUAAACCUCUCCUUUGAUGAAAAACAAGCUCCUUAUUACUUCGAAACAUACAUUAAAACAAGUAGUGUCUCUGGUAUAAUAAGCCCACCCAAUCUUGAUGAAAUAGCGGAUGCGUUCUGCAAAUGAUGCUUCAAGAUCUUUUCCCCAUCACUAAACUAAGGUGGGGCGGGGAAAACAGUAAUUGGACUAAAAUGGAUGCGCGGGGUCACAAUCAUCUCCUGGCAAGCUUCAUGUUGAAAUCAGCUGGCAUUUCACAAGGGCUCAGCAGUACUCUUGUAUAAUUCCCGUUAGUUUUUGUGGGGCUUGGGCAGGAGAAAUUCCUGAUGGAUUGGAUCCAAAAGGUAUGCAUACAAAACAUUUUUUUUAAAAAAAUCCAGCUGUACUCAAGAAGUGCAGCUCCUCUUUAGUUCUUUAAACACUACGAUUUACUCUUGGUUUAAAAUUUUAUUCUCAAAACUGUUGCCAAAAUUCAAUGUUUAGGGUGUAACAAACCACUUUGAAUCAUUCUGUUGGGUUUGAAUUUUUUUUUGGUGUGUGUUCCUUGCCUAUUGUAAAAGCAGUGUCACCGUUUUUUAAAGGAAAAGAUGUUUCUAAUGGUAAGUUAUUGUGGUUUAGUUGCUAGUUUGUACUGAGAGUUGACCUCUCCCCCACGCAUUUUUGUUCUGAAUUGCUAUAAAUAAAAAAUUGCUGUUAACUGUGUUACCCUUCUACAUUGUAAUGAUUGCUUCAGCCUAUAUUAUAAAUAAAGACCUGCUAAUAAACCUCCUCA